AUGGGAAUCGAAGAUGAUGACGUCAUGGUGAAGAUGUGUCGAUGGCAAAUUCAUGUUCAUGUAGGUUUUGGUUGCUACAAAAUGAAUGGUUGUAUCUAAAAUUUCUUAGAAUAAAGUUUUGUGUUUUUCAGAAGGCGACCUUCGUUCUCGGAUUUGUCUACAUUGUUCUUGGUUUCUUCGUCGGAGUUUCCGUUCUCCAGACUCAGGAUUAUGUGGCUUUGGUUGAUUGUUUAUUAUACGUUGGUUCUGGAGGACUCUUACUUCAUGGGAACACAAAAGGAAAGCCCAGGUUUUACUGGCCUAUGAUGAUUUUUAACGUGGGUUUUAGUGAUCACCUUAUUCCAGAUGUUUCGACCGAUACUGUUUACCUAAAUCGCUAUUUUUUAGGGAAUCCACGUGAUGGUCAGCCUAAUCUACUUCCUAUAUGUCUUCGCCGUCCUUAUUGGCCUCGCCGAGCCCUCCCAGCCCUUUGAUGACAUUGGGGACAUUGGUGCUUUGAUCGGAUACAGCACUGGAGAGCGGGUUGGCAUCGCCAUUGGAGAGUUGUUGAUGUGUCUGAUGCUUUCUUGGUUUGGGUAUGUGGUGUACAGAGGAUAUAAGUAUCUGCUCAAUGGAGGAUUGCCCUUCUGA